UUCAUCUUCUUUCUCCAAAUGGGUCCUUCAAGCUUCUAAAGAUUCAUCCAUGGCCGCUCUCUCUGAACCCAUUUCUGCACUUCCUCCGCCGCCGCCGCCGCCGGAGACCACAUCGGACGGGGGUUUUCGUAUAGACAAAGAAGUGAGUCCCACAAUUCUCUUAGCCAUAAUCAUCCUCGCCAUAGUCUUCUUCUUCUCCAGCCUCCUCCAUCUCCUUCUCCGAUUAUUUCUCAGGCCUCAAAACAGAACAGACCCGGAAGAUAUAGCCGUCGGCGACGGCGAUACCUCCGCCUUCCAAGGCCAAUUACGGCAGCUUUUCGAUCUCCACGACGCCGGAGUGGACCAAUCCUUCAUCGACACCCUCCCUGUUUUUGUCUACAAAGCCAUAAUCGGUUUGAAAGUAGACCCAUUUGAUUGCUCUGUUUGUCUCUGUGAAUUUCAGCCAAACGAUAAGCUCCGAUUGUUGACCAAAUGUAGCCAUGCCUUUCAUAUGGACUGCAUCGACACUUGGCUGUUGACACAUUCCACUUGCCCUCUCUGCCGUGCGAGCUUGAUUUCAGAUUUCGCCGCCAUUAAUGGCGGAUUCACGUCCCCACUUGUUGAGGUUCUUGAAUCUGCAAGUAACAGCUCGAGAGAAAUUGGGGAAGUUCACACCGGUUCCUUUCUGGGUUUUCUUGGAAAUUCCAAUUUUGAUGAACUGAAACCAGAGGAACCUCCGGCAGCGGCGGCGGAGACGGUGGUUCAGAUAAAAUUGGGAAAAUUCAAAAGCUUGGAGAGAUAUGGAGAAGGGAGUAGCAACAAUGGCAAUGUGGAUUCAAGGAGAUGUUUUUCAAUGGGUUCAUUUGGGUAUGUAAUGGACGAGAAUUCCUCUCUGCAAGUUCCGAUCAGGAAACGCGCGGCGAGGAAACAAGCGAUAAAGAAGAAGAAUCUGCCAUUAACGCCGGGAACUCGAGCGGCAAUGUCAGAAUGCGAUGGCGAAUCGAGACGAGAGUUCAAUUUCAUGGAAACGAAUCGGAGAGUCGAGAGUUUCCGCCUUGGGAGCUCGAAGGAGAGCUUUGAAGCGAAGGUCGUCGGCGCCGGUACCGGAUUGCCGGUGACUGAUUUAGCAAGAAGGGCAUUUUCAUUUCAUUUUCCGGCAAAUUGGAACCGACCCAGAUCGGAAAAUGGGAUGGGAACGAUGGAUGAAGAGAAUCAAAGAAGAAACAGCUCGGAAUUUAUUGAGAAUCGACCGUCGUUUGUGAGAAGAACAUUACAGUGGCUGAUGGGGAAGAACAACAAUAGGAUUGUUCAUUCAUGUUCUACACCCAACGAUUAUGAUUCAAACUCAUGAUUUUCCAUUUCUGUUGGGUUGAAUUUAGUUUUCUCCAUUUUUCUCCAUUAAAUGUGUUCAGAAUUGUUCAUGGACGAUGAAUUUUUUAGUACCAAAAAGAACAAAAACAUGACCAUUUUUGGGCAAUUUAGAACCAAAAUUCCAUAUAUGUUGGGAUAGGGAGAA